ACUUGGAGGCGCCUGGCCGGGAAGGCCUGGCCAGCUGUGUCCGGCGGAGGCAGCUGCUGACCCAGCUGUGGACUGUGCCUGGGGCGGAGGAAGGGGGGGCAGGAGCCCUGGGCCUCCCGUGGCAGGGGCUGCAUCAUGUAUCAUCUCGGGGCACCCCUCUGGCCUGGAGUUGGCUUCCUCUGUCUCCUACUCACUGGGGCAACCUGGGCUCCCCCACCCAACCCACCGGACCCCAAGUUUGAAAGCAAAGCGGCCCUGCUGACAGCCCGCGAGCCUGAAGAGUUUCUGUGCUUCACCGAGAGGUUGGAGGAUUUGGUGUGUUUCUGGGAGGAAGCGGCAAGCGCCGGGGUCGGCCCGGACAACUACAGCUUCUCCUACCAGCUCGAGGGUGAGCCGUGGAAGCCGUGCCGCCUGCAUCAGGCGCCCACCACCCGCGGCUUGGUGCGUUUCUGGUGCUCGCUGCCUACAGCCGACACGUCGAGCUUCGUGCCCCUAGAGCUGCGCGUCACUGCGGCCUCCUCGGGCGCUUCACGCUACCGCCGUAUCAUCCACAUCAACGAAGUGGUGCUCCUAGACCCUCCCGCUGGGCUGCUGGCGCGGCGGGCAGAUGAGGGCGGCCAUGUGGUACUGCGCUGGCUCCCACCUCCUGGGGCACCCAUGGCAAGCCUCAUCCGCUAUGAGGUGAACAUCUCGGCAGAGAACGCCGCUGGUGGCGCGCAGAGGGUGGAGAUCCUCGACGGCCGCACUGAGUGCGUGCUGAGCAACCUGCGGGGCGGAACGCGCUACACCUUCAGGGUCCGCGCGCGUAUGGCCGAGCCGAGCUUCGGCGGCUUCUGGAGCGCCUGGUCCGAGGCUGUGUCGCUGCUGACGGCUAGUGACUUGGACCCCCUCAUCCUGACGCUCUCCCUCGUCCUCGUGCUCAUUCUGCUGCUGCUGGCCGUGCUAACCCUGCUCUCCCACCGCCGGACUCUGAAGCAGAAGAUAUGGCCUGGCAUCCCAAGCCCCGAGAGCGAGUUUGAGGGCCUCUUCACCACCCACAAGGGUAACUUCCAGCUGUGGCUGUACCAAACUGAUGGCUGUCUGUGGUGGAGCCCCUGCACCCCCUUCACAGAGGACCCACCUGCCCCCCUGGAGGUCCUCUCUGAGCGCUGCUGGGGGGUAACACAGGCAGUGGAGCCAGGGGCAGAUGAUGAGGGGCCCCUGUUGGAGCCGGUGGGCAGCGAGCAUGCCCAAGACAGCUACCUGGUGCUGGACAAGUGCUUGCUGCCCCGGAGCCCACCCAGCGAGGACCUCCCACAGCCUGGUGGCGAUUUGGACAUAGCAGCCGUGGAUGAAGCCUCAGAAGCAUCCUCCUGCUCAUCCGCUUUGGCCCUGAAGCCUGGGCCAGAGGGCGCCUCGGCUGCCAGCUUUGAGUACACCAUCCUGGAUCCCAGCUCCCAGCUCUUGCGCCCGAGGGCACUUCCCCCUGAGCUGCCCCCUACCCCACCCCACCUAAAGUACCUGUACCUCGUGGUGUCUGACUCUGGCAUCUCAACUGACUACAGCUCUGGGGGUUCCCAGGAAGCCCAGAGGGGCUCAUCCAAUGGCCCCUACUCCAACCCUUAUGAGAACAGCCUCAUCCCAGCCCCCGACCCUUCACCCCCGAGCUACGUGGCCUGCUCCUAGGACUCCAGCCGUCAGAUGCACGGGGACCCAGAAUGACCUCAAGUGCUACUCCAGGCCCAAGAUUUAUCCGGCAGGGUCAGUGAGGCCUGCUGACCUUGGCUUUCUGCUCAGUUCAUCCUGGUCAGAAAGUCACAACCUUGCAGUAUUUUUAAAUGCACAGUCUUUUGUGUAGAUAUAUAAAUAUAUAUAAGUUUUCUGUCAUGACUUCUAUAAAUA